AAGGCAUUCAUUCAACACACGGCACCGAUUACAAUGUUCAAGGAGAGCAAUCACACUCUGGAACUGGUACACGAGUGGAUAUUUUAAGAAGCGAUUUGCGGUUCCUGAUCCCAGGUACGAUGCAUAAUUAGAAGCGGAUAAAUCCGGCUCCAGCUGCCUGCAUCUCCAGGAUCUGAGCGGCGGCUGUGGCGGUGCUCCACUUUUCCUCUCUGAUCUAACCGGCAUGGGCGGCGACCAGUGGCGCGUCGCUGUCCGCUGCCUUUUCCUCCCUGAUCUGAGCGGCGGCGGCUGGUGCGUCGCCGUUCGCCAUCUCGUUUCUGUCCACUUGGUGGCUCUGCUUCACGUCCUCGACUACGACGACCCUGAUGCGCCGAUGCGCUUCGCAUCUCCUUCCUCCUCGACCACACAGACACGACUGAUACUCUGAUAGGCCCCAAGAUAUUCCAAGGACGCUUUUUGGCGCGAUGCAACGGCAUAUCUUCGGCCUCCCUCCCUCUCUGCCCCUUCCGGCAGCGGCAGCCUUAUCCUCUCCACCGCCCCAAACUCUCACAUCUGCUCUGCUUGGAGAAGCAGCAUGUCAAGGAUGCCCCCUCCGCCGCCUCCCCUCUCCAGCAAGCCCCCCACCCUCCCCUUCUCCCCCAAGAAGCCGCCGCCGAUGCCCGUGUACAAGGACCUGCAUUUCAACCACGACCUCUCCGCCACCAAGAAGUUACAGGCUGGUGUGGACUUGGUGGCGCGGCUGGUGGGUGUGACCCUGGGACCCAAGGGGAGGAAUGUGGUGCUCAGCAACAAGUAUGGCCCUCCCAAGAUCGUCAACGACGGGGAGACGGUCCUUAAGGAGAUCGAAUUGGAGGACCCGUUGGAAAAUCUAGGAGUUAAAUUGGUCAGACAGGCUGGCGCCAGGACGAAUGAUAUUGCUGGUGAUGGCUGUACAACUUCUAUUAUCCUUGCUCAAGGCCUGAUUGCUGAAGGAAUGAAGGUUCUUGCUGCUGGAAUUAAUCCUGUCCAGAUUGCACGUGGCAUUGGGAAGACUUCUGAUGCUUUGGUUUCCGAACUCAGGUCGAUGUCACGGGAGAUUGAAGACCACGAAAUAGCACAUGUGGCUGCCGUUAGCGCAGGAAAUGACUAUGCUGUUGGAAACAUGAUUUCUGAUGCUUUUAAAAGAGUAGGCAGGAAAGGCAUGGUUAGAAUUGAAAACGGGAGAGGCACCGAGAACAGUUUAGAGAUCGUUGAAGGAAUGCAAUUUGAACGUGGUUACCUCUCACCUUACUUUGUAACUAAUCAUGCAAAUAUGUCCGUGGAGUUCACUGACUGUAAGAUCCUUUUGGUUGACAAGAUAAUUACUGAUCCAAGGGAGCUUUUAAAAGUAUGCUUUAGUGCUGUAAAAGAAGAUUUUCCAUUGGUAAUAAUUGCCGAGGAUGUAGAAGAAGAAGCAUUGGCUACUUUGACCAGAAACAAGCUAUCAGGGAUGAUCAAAGUGGCAGCAAUAGAGGCCCUUUCUUUUGGAGAACAGAAAACUCAAUGCUUGGAGGACAUCGCAAUCAUGACAGGAGGUACAGUUGUGAGAGAUGACAUGGGAUACACACUAGAAGAGGCAGGGAAAGAGGUUUUAGGUUCUGCAUCUAAAGUGGUGAUCAAGAAAGAUUCAACACUAAUUGUUACGGAUGGAAGCACCCUUCAUGCAGUUGAGAAAAGGGUUGCUCAAAUAAAAGGCCAAAUUGAGAACUCAAAGGAGAGGUACCAGAAGAAGAUACUGGGUGAGAGGAUUGCAAGGUUAUGUGGUGCAAUUGCAAUCAUUCAGGUUGGUGCUCAAACAGUCAUUGAGAUGAAAGAUAAGAAGCUGAGAAUUGAAGAUGCCCUUAAUGCAACCAUGGCAGCUAUUGAUGAAGGUGUCGUAGUUGGAGGUGGAUGUAGCCUAUUGAGAUUAUCCAAGAAGAUUGACAUAAUCAAGGAAUCAUUGGAUAAUAUAGAGCAGAAGAUUGGCGCUGACAUCUUCAAACAUGCUUUGAGCUACCCUACCAUACUAAUAGCAAACAAUGCUGGGAUGAGUGGCAAGUUUGUCAUCCAAAAGGUGCUAUCAAAUGAAAAUACAAAUUAUGGCUACAAUGCUGCCAACGACUGCUAUGAGGACUUGAUGGCUGCUGGAAUAUUGGACCCAUCAAAGGUUGUGAGGUGUUGCAUAGAGCAUGCUGCCGUGGUUGCCAGGUCUUUUCUCACCUCCGAUGUAGUGGUUGUCGAGGCGAAAGAGAGCAAACCAGUUCGCAUAAGGCCCCCAAUGCCACCUAGAAAUUUGAUCCCCCCAAUUCCUGCAUCAGUUUCAAGUAUUCGGGUGUAGCAUGCAUGCUUGUCCUUCCGGCCUCCAUGUGGUACCCAGGACAACAAAAUACCUUGGAAGAAUCAUUUCUUUCUUUUUGCAAAUCUGUCAAGAUAGCUAAGUGUACUGGAUGAAAGAUUUGCUUCCAAACAUUCCUCUGAAGAGUGAAGACCGAAGGAGAGGAGAGUGAGGGUCCUGAGGCUGUCUGUGCAGUCUUUCCUCGCCGGAUAGUUCGUCGCAGAUUCGUGGGAGAUCAAGGUGUUUGAUCAGAACUUCAUGGAGGCAAUGUCCAGACGGAAUUUGUACAUGCAGGGCACACAAAUUACAACUGCGGUUCCCUGUAGAGAAAAUUAUGCAUCAGAUUCAGACAAGUUUCUACGAAACAAUAGCAUAUUACUAGGAUUGUAUUCAUUCGCUGAUAAAGUCUCAUAAUUCAAAAGAUUACUCGUAUAAGUUUUCACUUUAAUACUCCGUAUAUAAAAUGCCCAUUUCUGAUAA